AUGAGCGCCACCAGCACCGCUGCCUCGACAGGGACUGGCACGGGCGUUAUUCCUGCACCUGUGGGUGUAACGCCUGAUUUAGACAGUCCAGAGAAGCACUACUAUACUGCGAACUUGGUUGUGGUCACUAUAGGUGUAACCAUCAGUACGUUAGGUCUCCUGGUGAGACUAUAUACGCGGGUGGUUAUUGUGCGGAAGUGGCUGCUUGAUGACGUCGUCAUUGUAUUAUCAUGGAUCUUCGCAAUAAUAACUCAAUCCCUACUCCUAUGGGGCUACACCAACGCCGGCCUAGGCGUCCACGAAUGGGACCUCACCCCUACCGUAUACAACCGAACCCUCCGAGUCCUCCUCCUCGGCGCAAUAAUGUACAUUCCCGCCCUCGGUCUAUCCAAAAUCUCCCUCAUUAUUCUCUACUACCGGCUCUCCGAUAUGCAACAAAAAUGGCGCAUAACCCUAUGGGGCAUGACCGCCUUCGUCGUCGCCUACAUGAUUGUCCUUGAAUGUUUAUUUCUGUUUACUUGCGCGCCGGUACAUAAAGCCUGGUACCCUGACAUAGACGGACGCUGCUGGAGUAAAGCCCCGAUCUUCAUGGCGGGCGUGGUGGCAAGUAUGUUUAUUGAUUUGGUAUUGCUGGUCAUGCCGCUGCCUAUUGUUCUGAAGUUGCAAAUGACCUCAAAGAAGAGGUUUGGGUUGAUUCUUAUGUUUGGGUUGGGAGGUUUGUCACUAGUUACGAGUACAUUGCGACUGGCGGCUACGGUGCCGAUGUUGACGCAGGAAGACCAGACAUAUCUGUUGGGUGGGGUGGCUCUUUGGAUUAAUGUCGAGGCAAGUCUCGUCAUCGUCACAGCUUGUGUACCAUCAUUCCGACAAGUCUUGAGGUUCCAUGUGUCUGGAUGGCGGAGUGACAGUGGCGGAAGGCUUGAUAGGAUGUCCAGCACUUGCAAUCUUCGCAGUGUGCAGCGGAGACAGGAAGGGUUCACGAAUUUGAGUCUUGAUCUGGAGAUGGAUCAAACUGACUCGCGUGGACAUGAUUCGGCUGGGGCACGGACCUAG